AUGAGAAGCCAUCUAAAGGUGCCACGUGUGGGGCAGCACAUACAUCAUGUCCGAUUUGCGUCCACCGCCCCCGUGAAGAGCUACUGGGGCCUCCGAAACCCCGCAUCGCUAUUUUGGCACCAGAAACUUUCGCCCACUGCCAAGUACUUCUCUGGCAUUUUGGCGGCGGCCACAGCGGUGAGCCACGUGCAUCCGAACGUUUUGGUCACUGUGGGACCUCCCGUGGCAGUUGCAGGCUACUUUAUUGCACGGCGUCUCAAUUACCUUCACUACAAGGCGCUGUUGGCGCUAGUGCGACCAGCAGAUGCCUCGGCCUGGGCCGAUGAGGAUGCGAUUGUCAGGGUUUGGAGCUACAAGGAGGAGGAUUUGGCCACGGCGAUGCGAGGCAUCGAAAACCGCUUUGGGCAUUUCCAGGCCCAAGUUGUGGAGCUCGUGGAAAAAAGAGUGGUGGACUAUGUGGCGGCGCAAGAACAGCUGGGCGUUCUGACAGGCAUCGCACGUUCUCUCGUGGAUGAAAAUAGCCAGGUUGUGGUGCAUAUGGGCUCGUCGUUCGAGACGUUUGUGACGCUGCAGGCCAAAGUUAUAGACCAGGGAGGAAAUGAUGCGGUCGUGGAGUAUAUCAAGUGCUCGGUGCCAUACUACUCUUCCAAGAAUGCGGCCCUACGGCGGAGACUAGGUGUGGCAGAAGUCUCGAUGCUUGCUGUCCCAGACGGCUCCGAGUCCGAAGACUACACCGAUUACCGAAUUCACAUUGAUCUCUGUCCAUAUCGGUUUUUCGGCAAGCCAGAGGGAUUUAGCAGCUUGAGUAGCUGUGGAAUCAUGUCGAGUAGCACACAUAAACCAGCGGCUCAGAAAACAUCCGAACCGAACUAA